AUCAAUUAGCAUAGAUUGCGUAGUCGGGUCUUCGGUGGGACUUUUGUGUUGGGCUGGGUCAUUCACCCGAACCCAUUAGCGAUUUCACCUGCAUUACCAGAAAGAGAGAGAGAGAGAGAGGAGGAGGAGGAAGAGAGCGGACUACAGUGUCAAACCAGACGCAGAGCUGUAAAAUCCAGCGAUAUUUGAUCCAAUUGAAUAAGGAAUCACAAAGUUCUUGAAGAACAAGGGGGAAAAAAGGAUAAAGAUGUUGCCCACAACUUCAAAAGGUUUAGGUCGAACGAGCUCUCAUGUCCGACCCAAUUCAGUAUUGCCUCAGUACCUUCGCAAAAUUAUCAAGUGGCAACAGAUGGAUAUCGAAUAUACCUUUUGGCAAAUGCUUCAUCUAUGCACCUCUCCUAAAGUAGUAUAUCAGCACACAAAGUACCACAAGCAAACAAAGAACCAGUGGGCACGCGAUGAUCCUGCAUUUAUCGUCAUAUGUACUCUUCUGUUGGUGAUUGCUACUUUAGCAUACUGUGCUGCGUAUGAUCAUAGUGCAGGACAUGCUAUUUUUGUAGUUAUCUCAGUAUUGCUUUUUCAUUUUAUACUCACCGGAGCUACUUUGGCAACAUGUUGCUGGUUCCUAACCAACAAUUACCUUCGAGAGGAAGCUCCAAGCAGUCAUGCCGUGGAACAGCGGGUAGAAUGGCUGUAUGCAUUUGAUGUCCACUGCAACUCUUUCUUCCCUAUGUUCGUUUUGCUUUAUGUCAUACAUUAUUUUCUGUCCCCGCUUUUGGUAGCUCAUGGUUUCAUUCCUGUGUUGCUGUCAAAUUUGCUCUUCAUGGUCGCAGCUUCCUACUAUCAUUACCUCAACUUUUUAGGUUAUGAUGUAUUGCCUUUUUUGGAGAGGACAACAUUCUUCCUAUAUCCAAUUGGCAUUGUCAUCGUCCUUUCACCCAUCUUUAUUUUGAUUGGCUUCAAUCCAUCGAGACACUUCAUGAAUAUCUACUUCAGCAGAGUGUUAUGAACGCACGCUAACACUGGAUGAGGACAUGUUAGGAUGAAAGACGCCUUUCAGACAACUCGUGAAUAGGAAGGACAUUAUUGAAAUCUCAUUUGCAGAGGCUUUGAUUGUUUACGCGAUUGGGAAACGCUUGUUUAGUAUCUCUGGUUAGGUAAUUUUUGAUGUUAUGAAUGAGAAAUAUAUCUGACGGGAACCUUAUUUGUACUUCAACUAUAAAACUUCACUGGAUGAGUUCAUUUAAUGUAAAGAUUUUACUUCUUAUUUGUUGAAUCAUAGAAGUGACCGUAGCAUUGCUCGUGAA